AUGGCCGGUAGGCCUCCCGGAUCGCAUCCAGCGGCUGGCCACGAUGAUGACUUGCUCCUGGACUCUGGUCCAACGUAUAACUCCGGCCAGCCCCCACCCGUGAACGACGAGCAUCUACUUGAACAAUACAACAUUGACGACUCCGACCAGCCCUACGCAGCACAAUCUCGCCCUUCCAUAUCCUAUGAUAGUUUUGUCGGCAGUCGCGCGCAGCAGGCUGGAGCCCAUCAAAAUGUCGCUUCUGGCCCGGCGCAUGCCGCCAAUCCUGGAGUUUACAUGAACGAUCCUUAUGCCGACAAUUCCCACAGCCGAACCUAUUCCCAGACCUCCGGCCUUGAUAACUACCAACGGUACUCCUUUGACGAACUUGAAGAUUCCCAUUCCGGCUAUUAUGAUCUCGAUGCGGACGAAGACAGGAUCUCCAGCGCGCAUCAUGUACGAAAAGCGAACGAGCGGAACAGUAUCAUGGGGUUGGGAGGUGGAAUUAUGGGCAAGGCGAAAUACAUGUUUGGGAUGGGGCCACAGUACUCCGAAAUGGACCUUCCAUUAACGGAGGCUGGAGCCAGAAGAGCCGCAGUCGAAAGCUCUAGUGGAGCGGCAGCUGUACCCAAGACAAAGAAGAAGUUCAGCGCAUCCGAUCUCACAUCCAUAUUUGGACGACGAAAGGUUGACCCCGCAAGCCUGUGUCCUCGUAUCAUCCAAGUCAACAACCCUCCUGCGAACGCCGUGCACAAAUUCAUCAGCAACCACGUAUCGACUGCGAAAUACAACGUGAUCACCUUUAUUCCCAAAUUCCUCUUCGAGCAAUUCUCCAAAUACGCCAACCUUUUCUUCUUGCUCACAGCUGUUCUCCAACAAAUUCCCAAUGUUUCUCCGACGAGCAAAUACACCACUAUUGUCCCGUUGGUUAUCGUGUUAACGGUAUCCGCGAUCAAGGAAUUAGUCGAAGAUUACAAGCGCCGAAUGUCAGAUCGAGGAUUGAAUUAUUCCAAGACGCAGGUUCUUCGAGGUUCUUCUUUCCAUGAAGCAAAAUGGGUGGACGUGGUAGUCGGUGACAUUGUUCGAGUCGAGUCGGAGCAGCCAUUUCCCGCUGAUUUGGUUCUCAUGGCUUCGUCCGAACCCGAGGGUUUAUGUUACAUUGAGACAGCCAAUUUGGAUGGCGAGACCAAUUUGAAGAUCAAGCAGGCUAUCCCCGAAACUGCUCAUCUUGUGAGCCCCAGCGAUUUGGGUCGCCUGGGUGGCCGAGUCCGAUCCGAACAACCGAACAGCAGUCUGUACACUUACGAGGCCACGUUGACGAUGAACGCGGGAGGUGGUGAGAAAGAAUUGUCUCUUGCUCCCGACCAGUUGCUUCUUCGUGGCGCAACUCUGCGUAAUACUCCCUGGAUUCAUGGUAUUGUUGUUUUCACCGGACAUGAGACCAAAUUGAUGCGAAAUGCUACAGCAACUCCGAUCAAGCGUACAGCCGUCGAGCGCCAGGUCAAUAUUCAGAUUCUUAUGCUGGUGGGCAUCCUCGUUGCUCUCAGUGUUGUCAGUUCGGUCGGCGACUUGGUUAUCCGUAAAACCAAAUCCUCGUCACUCGUCUACCUUGAUUAUGGAGAUGUCAAUCUGGUCAAGCAGUUCUUCAUGGAUAUCUUCACAUACUGGGUGCUUUACUCUAACUUGGUCCCAAUCUCCCUCUUUGUCACCAUUGAAAUCGUCAAGUACUUCCAGGCCUAUCUGAUCAAUUCUGAUUUGGACAUCUAUCACCCAGAGACCGAUACUCCUGCGACAUGUCGUACAUCGUCUCUGGUCGAAGAACUUGGGCAGAUUGAGUAUAUUUUCUCGGACAAGACUGGAACAUUGACUUGCAAUCAAAUGGAGUUCAAGCAAUGUUCUAUUGGUGGCAUUCAAUACGGAGACGACGUUUCCGAAGACCGGCGUGUGACAUCUGCUGAGGAUGCUGAGUAUGGUGUUUACGACUUGAAGACCCUUCGCCAGAACUUACAAUCGCACCCUACUCAAGCUCUCAUCCAGCAAUUCCUCACUCUACUGGCUACCUGCCACACAGUCAUUCCCGAACGCAAUGGAUCUGAUCCAAAUGAAAUCAAGUACCAGGCAGCCUCCCCCGACGAGGGUGCUCUGGUGGACGGCGCUGCUUCUUUAGGAUACCGCUUCACAAACCGCAAACCUCGAUCUGUUCUGUUUGAAGCUGGCGGUCAAGAAUUUGAGUAUGAGCUGCUGGCUGUCUGCGAGUUUAAUUCGACGCGAAAGAGAAUGUCGACGAUUUUCCGCUGCCCAGAUGGCAAAGUUCGCAUCUACUGUAAGGGUGCCGAUACAGUAAUUCUUGAGCGUCUUCAUCCAGACAACCCUACCGUGGAGGCAACUCUGCAGCAUCUUGAAGAGUAUGCUUCCGAUGGUCUCCGUACUCUCUGUCUUGCGAUGCGGGAGGUUCCCGAUGAUGAAUUCCAUCGAUGGUGGCAAAUUUUCGAUAAGGCUGCUACUACUGUCGGCGGUAACCGUGCUGAAGAACUGGACAAGGCGGCUGAGUUGAUUGAAAAGGAUUUCUAUCUCCUUGGUGCCACCGCUAUCGAAGAUCGACUGCAGGAUGGUGUGCCGGAUACUAUCCACACGCUUCAGACUGCAGGAAUCAAGAUCUGGGUCUUGACUGGUGACCGUCAAGAGACCGCUAUCAAUAUUGGCAUGUCUUGUAAACUGAUCUCUGAGGAUAUGACUCUUCUGAUCAUUAACGAGGAGUCAGCGGAAGCCACACGCGCCAACUUACAAUCGAAGUUGGACGCUGUCAAGAGUCAAGCGAAUUCUGGCGAUAUUGAGACUCUGGCCUUGGUCAUUGACGGCAAGUCCUUGACUUUCGCACUGGAGAAAGACAUGGAAAGGUUGUUCCUGGAUCUUGCUGUGGUAUGCAAGGCAGUGGUUUGUUGCCGUGUCUCUCCCUUGCAGAAGGCUUUGGUCGUCAAGCUUGUUAAACGCCACCUCAAAUCUCUCCUUUUGGCUAUCGGUGAUGGUGCGAACGAUGUAUCCAUGAUUCAAGCAGCUCACGUCGGUGUUGGUAUUAGCGGUAUGGAAGGUCUCCAAGCUGCUCGAUCUGCCGAUGUGGCAAUUGCUCAGUUCCGAUUCCUCCGAAAACUGUUGUUGGUUCACGGAGCAUGGAGUUAUUCUCGCAUCAGUCGUGUCAUCUUGUACUCUUUCUAUAAGAACAUUACACUGUACAUGACACAGUUCUGGUAUUCCUUCCAAAACGCCUUCUCUGGAGAAGUCAUUUACGAAUCAUGGACCCUUUCAUACUACAACGUGCUUUUUACCGUUCUGCCUCCCUUCGCCAUGGGUAUUUUUGACCAGUACAUUUCCGCACGACUUUUGGAUCGAUACCCCCAAUUGUACCAAAUGGGCCAGAAAGGACUCUUCUUCAAGAAACAUAGUUUCUGGGCUUGGGUUCUCAACGGGUUCUUCCACUCCCUCCUUCUGUACAUUGCAUCGGAGUUGAUCUUCCUUUGGGAUCUACCCAUGUUUGACGGUCACACGGCCGGUCACUGGGUUUGGGGCGAGGCACUAUACACUGCUGUGCUGGGCACCGUACUCGGCAAGGCAGCUUUGAUUUCCAACAUCUGGACGAAAUACACAUUCAUCGCGAUUCCCGGAUCCAUGCUGCUAUGGCUUAUUUUCCUUCCAGCUUACGGUUACGCAGCGCCCGCUCUCAACUUCUCCGUUGAAUACUACGGAACAAUCCCCGUCCUCUUCAAGUCACCCAUCUUCUACCUCAUGGCAUUUGCCUUGCCCGCACUGUGUCUUCUGCGUGACUUUGCUUGGAAGUAUGCUAAGCGCAUGUACUACCCACAGCAUUAUCAUCACGUCCAGGAGAUCCAAAAGUACAAUGUCCAGGACUACCGACCCCGGAUGGAGCAGUUCCAAAAGGCUAUUCGGAAAGUCCGACAGGUACAACGCAUGCGCAAGCAGCGUGGAUACGCCUUUUCACAAGCUGAUGAUGGCGGUCAAAUGCGUGUUUUGAAUGCUUAUGAUACUACCCAGGGCCGUGGACGGUAUGGUGAGAUGGCCAGUUCAAGAACUCCGGCGUUAUGA